GAAAUUGAGUUGACAUUUGUUGUUAUUUAUACAUCUCGUUCCAACAUGUCUCAAGUUCCGCCCAUCGAAACCAGAGUGAUGAAUCGGUUCACUCGUCAGACAAUUAGUCAGGAAAAGCGCGAGAGCGUCGAGAAAUUUAUCGCUGCUCUUGGCACUGAUUUUACGCCAGUUAUCCCGGAUGAAAUUGUCAAUUUAUAUUUGAAAAGAAGCGGCUUCAGCUGCCCUGACGUCAGAAUGACAAGAAUGAUUGCGAUAGCAGCCGAAAAUUUUAUUGCGGACAUUGCUAACGAAGUUCUACAGCGCCAUAAGCAAAUGAAGUCCGCCCAAAAGCGCAAGGACAGUAAAAUGGUUAUGACAACAGAGGAUCUGCUUCCAGUAUUAGAAACAUACGGCAUCAACGUUCGAAAACAGGAGUACUUUGCAAAUUCAACAACAGUUGGCCUCGUGAAAGAAAACAACUAAUCUACUGAGACGCCAAAAGGCCGACAUGUCAUACGUUGGCUCCCUAUAUAUCAAUUGUGAAAAAAAAUCUCUUUUUUGAAUCUGUUCAGCUAACAGUGGGUAUCAGACACUGCGUUCAAUCUGGAAAAUCCAGUCAAGCUUGCUUGUUCUAGUGCUCUCGGAACAGUCUUACUUGUCGAAACUAAGACUUCUUUGACAAACCGAUGU